AUGAAUCCUGCAACCUUUAAUAACGAAGCCACCAUCCUCAUUCUCAGCCGUGGGGGCCUUCAACUGGUACUGGCAUUCCCCCAAAGGUCGCGCCAGGCCACGGGUCCUGUCAUCGGGUCCAAUUUCCAGGAUCCUUCAGUCGUGCACACAGGUGAUGGAGCUUGGGUAGCCUAUGCAGGCGUCAAUGGAAAUCCAGAAAAUGUUCAUAUACUGAUCGCCACUUCUUCGGAUUUUUCAACAUGGACUGUACAUUCUGGCUAUGAUGCUCUCCCAACAUUACCUUCAUGGGCUGCCAAUCCUCCACGCGUUUGGGCCCCCGACGUGACGCAGCUGGACAAUGGAAAUUUCGUCCUUUAUUACUCUGUUGCCAUGGCUGAGAGUCCUGCAAAGCACUGUGUCGCAGCUGCGUUUGCGCCCAAUCCAGAGGGUCCAUUCAGUCCAGUCGAGACGCCUCUUUUUUGUGAUUUAGCUGCUGGUGGUGCUAUUGAUGCUGACGGCUUUCGCGACCCGAGCACUAAUAGGCAGUAUGUCAUUUACAAAGUGGACGGUAAUUCGGUGGGCACAGGAGGAGAGUGUGCGAACAGCAACCAGCCUGUGGCGCCAACUCCACUAGUCCUCCAAGAGGUCAAUCCGGAUGACGGUUAUUCCUUUAUUGGAGGACCUCUAACAGUCUUGCUCAAUGGACCAGAAGAUGGACCCAACAUCGAGGCGCCAACACUACUUUACGAUUCUUCGUCACACACAUAUAUUCUCUUCUACAACUCGAGAUGUUUUGCCAGUGCGCCAUAUCAGAUCCGCUACGCCACCAGCCAGAGCAUAUAUGGGCCUUACACUAAGCAGUCAACACCAUUUCUACAAACUGGAGAUACUUCUGCCAAUCUGUUCGCCCCGGGUGCUAUCGAUAUUACUAGAGAUGGGAAAUUGGCUGUUCUUCACGGUGAUACAAACCUGGGUUGGUUCAAUGGGGAUGGAAGUAAGCGAGUGCGAGCAAUGUAUGCGAUAACCUUGGACGUAUCAAAUGGGAUCAUUGCUCUAGGUAGGUUCCAUUGA